UCCUGCCUGGUGGUCGCACGAAGGCCGCGCGUUCAUCGAGCUCCGGUUUUUCCCGUGUCCGCGCGCCUGGCCUGCAGACUGGUACCCGAGGACGUCACCGCGGAGCAGAGUGAUUCCUAUUGGCUGAUUCAGCCAGGGAUCCGUUGUGGACGUCACAAUGCGGAAGUUGGAGAGUUUGAGUGAUUUGAGUGGGACGGCAAGUGAGUGAGUCGGCCAGCAGAGGGAUGAUGAUGUUGUGACUGAACAAGAUAAGUUGAUAUUAUAAAUAGAGGAUUUGCAGACAGAAAUCUCAAACCAAACUCCACGUCAUGAUCUGACAGAAUCACUCGAUUCACUGGGACCUGAAUAUUAUUGGCCUUCGAAUCUAGAAGGAGAAAUGUUUGUCUGUUCUGUCUUCUUCAAAAGGUUUUAAAUAUCACUGUGACUGGAAAAGCACUGAGACACACACACCCAAGUGAGAGUGUUUCCAGUGCACUGACUGUGGAAAGAGCUUUAACCAGUUACACAGUCUGAAAGAAACAUUGCACCAUUCACAUUAUACACGUUCUAUGUGUGGACAAGGCUUCAGCUGAUUGUCGGACCUGGAGAGACACAAGGACACCCGCACUAUGGAGAAACCAUGGAGAUGUGGGGACUGUGGGAAGGGAUUCAAAUACCCAUCUCAGCUGGAAGCUCAUCGACGCAGUCACACUGGGGAGAGGCCAUUCAUCUGUUCUGUGUGUGGGAAGGGAUUCACUCAUUCAUCCACCCUGCGGAGGCACCAGCAAAUUCACACUGAGAAGUGGCCAUUUGCCUGCCCUGAGUGUGGGAACAGAUUCAGACAGUUAUCCAGCCUGCAGUCACACCAGCAAUUUCACACUGGGGAGAAGAUGCCAUUCGUCUGCUCUGUCUGUGCAAAAGGAUUUGCCCACUCAUCCAACCUGCUGAAACACCAGCUAAUUCACACUGGGGAGAGGCCGUUCUCCUGCUCUGAUUGUGGGAAGGGAUUCAGUAAUUCAUCCGACCUGCAGAAACACAAGCGCGUUCACACCGGGGAGAGGCCGUUCUCCUGCUAUGAGUGUGGGAAGGGAUUCAGUAACUCAUUCAACCUUCUGCGACACCAGCGAGUACACACUGGGGCGAGGCCAUUCACCUGCUCUGAGUGUGGUAAGGGAUUCAGUCAGUUAUCCAACCUGCAGACUCAUGAGCGAAUUCACACCAGGGAGAGGCCGUUCACCUCUGAGUGUGGGAAGAGAUUGCGUAAUUCAUCAGACCUGCAGAAACACAAGCGAGUUCACACUGGGGAGAGGCCAUUUACCUGUUCUGAAUGUGGGAAGGGAUUCAAUCAUUCAUCAGACCUGCAGAGACACAUGCGUGUUCACACUGGGGAGAGGCCAUUCACCUGCUCUGAGUGUGGGAAGGGAUUCAGUCAGUUAUCCAAUCUGCAGAUACACCAGCGAAUUCACACCAGGGAAAGGCUGUUCACCUGCUCUGAGUGUGGAAAGGGAUUCAGUGAUUCAUCAGACCUGCAUAAACACAAGGGAGUUCACACUGGGGAGAGGCCAUUCACCUGCUUGCAAUGUGGGAAGGGAUUCGUUGAUUCAUCAAACCUAUUGCGACACCAGCGCGUUCACACUGGGGAGAGACCGUUCACCUGCUUGGAUUGUAGGAAGGGAUUCAGUCAUUCAUCCGACCUGCAGAAACACAUGCGAGUUCACACUGGGGAGAGGCCGUUCACAUGCUCUGAGUGUGGAAAGGGAUUCACUCAGUUAUCCAACCUGCGGACACACCAGCGAAUUCACACCAGGGAGAAGCUAUUCACCUGCUCUGAGUGUGGGAAGGGUUUCAAUGAUUCAUCAGACCUGCAUAAGCACAAGGGAGUUCACACUGGGGAGAGGCUGUUCACCUGCUCUGACUGUGGGAAGGGUUUCAGUGAUUCAUCAGAUCUGCAAAAACACAAGGGAGUUCACAAUGGGGAGAGGCUGUUCACCUGCUUUCAGUGUGGGAAGGGAUUCAGUGAUUCAUCCAACAUGCUGCGACAUGAACGAAUUCACACUGGGGAGAGACCGUUCACCUGCUCUGAUUGUGGAAAGGCAUUCGCUCAGUCAUCCGACCUGCAGAAACACAGGCGGGUUCACACGGGAGAGAGGCCGUUCAUCUGCUCUAAGUGUGGGAAAGGAUUCACUCAGUUACCUAACCUGCGGACACACGAGCGAAGUUCAUACCAGGGAGAGGCCAUUCACCUGCUCUGAGUGUGGGAAGGGAUUCACUCAUUCACCCCACUUGCUAAGACACCAGCGAGUUCACAAGUGAUUACAGGGAUUGGAUU